AUGGCGUCAACCCGAUGCUAUAAAUUUGAUAAGGGUCGGGACGGGGGGGCUGCUCGGGAUCAGUAUGCUCUGCGCAGGACUUCUUCUCCUCGUUACAGAUCUCGGAGCCGCUCCGCCUCUGCUGUGGCCAGGCACCGGAUUGGCUCCCCGGUUGGAGGGUCGUUGACAGAUGCCGCUCAUCCUGGUCGUGGGACGGUGCACAACGCAGCCCCGGGAGCUUCAGGAACGAGGGGCUUGGCCGGCCGUGUCGCAUGGAUCGUGGGCUAUUCAUUUGUCUUCUGGGCUGCAGCUCGAGCUCAGGGCCAGCAGCUGGGCUUUCACAGGGACCAGUUGGCAGUGCAAUGGUUUGGGUACAGGGGUUUUUGUUGGGGGGAGGUCUGCGGGAUGGUGUUCCGGAUGGUGGCAGGCGGGCACAGGCCGGACCUGCUGGUACUCCAUGCGGGGGGCAACGACUUAGGCCUCACACCGCAGCGGCGGCUGGUGAAGUGGAUGAAGCAGGACCUUAACAGUUUAAGGGACCUGCUUCCUGGGGUGAUGUUGGUCUGGUCGGAAAUUGUCCCGAGGAGGCGAUGGCGGCACGCUAGGGACCCGGAGGCUAUUGACAGGUGUAGGAAGAAAGUGAAUAGCUUGAUGGCAAGCUUCGUGCGGAAACUAGGGGGUUGGCCUGAGGCCUACCCAGUGUUGAAAGCCACAACAAAAGUCACAGCAAGUAAGCUGCUGAAGAAACUGAUAUGCUACUCUGCCUUGAGUCCAGAAGAUAAUAAUGCAUGA